AUGCAACCUCUCACACCAGCCAGAAAGAAUAGCUCAUCGAUUAAGCGCCCGGAUUUGCAAGGGCUCUACAUCUGCGGAUCAUGCGGACAAAACUUUGUUCAUGCCGCUUCUCUCAAUCGCCACCGUCGUACUCGUCACAACUCCGAGCACCAAUGCCUUCUCUGUCACAACCAGAUGAAACCGGAUGAGACUCUCCACCAGCACAUGAAAGAGCUUCACAACCUCACGACUGUCUUCAAUUGCUCCUGCUGUAACUUCGGGUUCGCCAAAAAGUCCGACUUGUUGGAGCAUACCAAGGCCAUGAACGAGACUGGAACUGUAGGAGAUGCCAAGCCAGUUUCCACCACCAACAAUCCGCCCGGAUGGUUGUUGCAAAAUGUUCUCCAGGGAAAACCAUACGAAGUGCGCACCAAGAAAAGGUCCAUGUCAGCCACAACGUCGUCGUCCUCCUCGUCGUCAUCGUCUGCCACCCGUGAACCAACCCCAGAGGUGUAUCAAGUUCCAGAGGAGUGUUCACAACAGUUGAACGACGCAGUUGAUCUGGUUCUCAAGUCUGGAGUCUUUACUGGUGAUCAAUUAGUUCUUCCCGAGACCUGGGAGCUCAUCUACAACAUGGCAAAGUCCACGAUGUCUUCUUAA